UAUCGAUUGUUGUAUUUCCACUGUUUUCAUGAAGCGUAUGAGGACCAGACUCAACUCGACAUCGGUCACUCGGCCAAGAAAUGCUACGAAGACUUCUCCGCUCGUCCUCCUUUGCUGUUACACCUAUGUAGCCAACUGGGUCUGGGCCGAUCGCAAACCCGCGGAGUACUCGAACGUUCCCUCCGUUGUCUAGCUAGCGAAACGCUCAUUCAAACCAGCAUGGGCCGUUCGAGCUCGCACAACAGUAGUAUGGCUGCCAGAGAUCGCGUUACCCGUCAGACAACCCCUCCAUCUAAGCCCACAGCGGCUCCACCGGUGCAGGGCUCAUCAGCAGUACCUGCCCCUCUCCCUACGGAUUUGGAGGCAUCCGGGAGGUCUGCUAGGCGUUCUGUUCUUCUGAAUUACAUCGGGGCGGCUUUGCAAUCUAUCCAGGGUAUACCAGACGAGCAAACGCCCACCCGACCAACUGGCACGACUAACACCCCGAGACCCGAAUCCGACGAGAGCAAAGUGGAAAUGCAGAACUUCGUCAAGACUGAGCAGCACAUGUCUGCUGACCAAAUCUUCAGACUUCUCCUCGUCAAACGACCGGGGACCGCAGUAGAGAUAUACGAGGCGUUUCGAGAGGCGAAGCGGUUCAGUCGAAUGGAGACUCUCAUCGCUUUGAAGUCAGCGUCUGGUGUGACGGCCGUGGACUUUCUGGGGGCUAUGCUCAGUGACGCUCGUCAAACCAAACACGACAUUCAGGCUUACCUGCGCGGCGAGCAUGCGAAUGCUCGUAAAGCUCUCGACGAAACCGAAUUAUUAAUGCAAAGCAGCGUAGCGCAAGACAUUGAGUGUAGCGGAUGGGCAGCGAUCAUUGAGAUGGAGGACGCCCUCUGGUCAGACAUCACUUUUGGCGACGGAAAGUCUUCAUCUCGUUAUUUAUGGUCGGUGUACGAUGAAGUAAUCAGGACACUGGAAUAUCAUCACGGGAGAGAGAAGGCGUUCGAAAAACUUACUAACUCUGCGAAAACGCGCCAGGCAGGGAAGAAACCAUGCACAUACCAAAGGCAGGAGCCUUCCAGCCCAACUUCACCAACACAAAAACUCAAUAGUAGAAGUUGGAAAAGCGCCACUGACACAGCUGCGUAUCGUCUUGGAAUGAACGGUCGGGGGAAAAUUGUGCUUCGUAUUUUCGCUAUGGUCAUCUGGGUGUCAGAAGGAAAUGAUGGAGCGUGGUCCUAUGAGAGUAGUGCAAGAAGAGGAUGGGAGAUGAGAGUAAAGGCGUAA